CAAGAUGCUCGGCAGACAUGUGCUACCAAGCAAGCGUACUCGCGAUUGAGAAACACCCAAGGUGUGUGCUCCAUUGUCCACCGUCUGGCUGUAAUGAACAUAUUUAGGUGGCUCUCACAGGUAAAAGCUGUCCGUUAUUGAUGUGCUUUAAAUUGCUUUCAAGGCAGAGACUAGGUUCAUAUAAGAGAGUAACAUGUUGUUUUGGCCAAAGCUGCCACUGGCCCACCUAGUUAGACUUUCUUUAUUUGUCUCGUGAUUUUUUUAAUUUAACAAAUAAGCAGUGAGUUUAUUUUUCAAGGGACUCACUCUUCAAAUAUAGAGCCUUUUAGACAUUGUGGCAAGCUAUUUUAUUUCAUUAAUAAUUUGUAUAGCACCCUCCAUCCACGAAAUGCAGCACGAAGUGCUUUACAAAAACGAAAGAUGAAUAUAUGUACAGUCUAUGAUAAAAACACAUCAAUAAAAAGUUAUCUUCAACUUUUUAUCUUUUUUACAUAUCUCUGUAAAGGCAAAAAUACACGAUCUACACAAAAGUACACAAUCUGGUGACAACAGCGAGAGCUACCACUCUGCAAUGAAUUCCGAGGAAGAGUAUUUGAGAUGGGAUUUUCGACGAACAUCUGUAUCUUACACGAAGUAUUGUUUAUGUUUUUAAGUCCGCAGUUAGUAACAACCAGAGCCGGUAACAACGUUUAGGCGUAGGCCUAUGUGAUGCAAAACUCAAACUAUGUCCCUAUGUAUGCAUCAUGAGUUUGGUAGCCUCGGUAAACUAAACGAGAGCCUCCUCAUUGUUUGUAUGAACACGAUCUUUGGUUAUAUCAUACCGUCUCGCGCACGUUUUAAACGUCAUUUCAGGGUAGUUGGGAUGUUUUUGGAUUCAAAACAGAAGUUUGUUUUAUUUUUGGCUUUUUCAAUUCCCUACUUCAAUUAAUUAAGGUACACUAUUUAGUUCACUCGCUUGGUUAGUGUAGCAAAUUGUCGUUAGCAUAAUGCCAAGAGUCUUUGAAUUAGCAGUACGAUGCGAAACAAACUCAAGCGGAGCAACAAAUGUAAAGAUGCUCCAUGUCCGAGCAGAGAGCAGCCGAGAACAGCCGAGGUGAUACGGUUGGUGUUGUCAGACUCGAGUUGUUCCUAUGAUGAAACAUCGCCAGAGAGAGAUUCAGCCUCGCUGGCUGCAGGAGACACACAUGUUGCUCCUGCAGGCAUCUCCACCACACAAGUUAAACCACUGCAGGAGCAGAGGAAGACUUUUUGCCCAAAAUACGUUAAAAUUGCACCAAUUUUCUUACGUACAACUAAGCAAAGCCAGAGUAAAGGAAGCCAGGAUGUGAAACUGGAUCAGCCUGAAGACAAGGUGCAGGAAUUAGUGCUCCCUGAUGUGCAGCUGGGGAAAAGUCAGCAGCGUGUAUCACCUACAGAGAGAAAGAGAUCCUGGAGAGCACAGCUGUCAGCCUCAGCUCUGCACAUCUGCAUGGAGGAAAUCCAAACCUCCAACCCAGCGUUAUCAGUGCAAACAGUGUUCAAUACUUUGCAGAAGAAAGCGAGUGACAGGCUGCAGAAUGUGGGAUCCACAGCAGAAAACUCCCGUCAAAUCCACUUAACUGAGAAGAGAAAACGGGUAAAUGAAAACUCUGAGAGGGUGUUCAAACGUCUGAGGUCUAGUGUCACAGCAGAGGAUACCGUUGGUAUGGGUCACUGUCCCGUGUCAACACAUUUUAUCCAGGAAUAUCCUGUCCUAUUGGUCCAACAGCAGCGCAGAAGCAACAAGCUCAGUCGUACUCACAGGCUGAGGCAGCAAAGUGGGGGCCCAGCAGGCCUCGUAAACCACUGUGAGCCCCUUCCUCUACUGAUAAAUCAAUCAGAGUCUUGCAUCCAGUCACUCAAAACCUCUGACAUCCUUCAAAAAGAUUCCAGUUUUGAGGAUGUUCUCUGGACAGACAAAUACAGUCCUCAGCAUAUAAGUGAAGUCAUUGGCAACUCCGCCUCUGUGAAUAAACUACAAAGUUGGUUAAAGAAAUGGAAACUAAGAGCUGACUGUGACGAGAGGAGAAAAAUGGAGGAGAAGAAGCAAGAAGAUAACAGCAAUGACUCAUGGGACUGUGGAGACUUCCAGGGUGAGGGGGGGGGCCGAGGGCGACCGAGAGGAGCCGCUCUGCAACACCAUGCUGAUCACCGGACCUCCAGGGGUGGGAAAGACCGCCUCGGUGUACUCCUGCGCCCAGGAGCUUGGCUUCAAGGUGUUUGAGGUGAACUGCUCCUCCCAGCGCAGUGGCCGCCAUGUUCUGUCCCAGCUGAAGGAAGCUACCCAGUCCCAUCUAGUGGAGAUGCCAGGGAAGGACCCACUGAAACCAACCUACUUCAACAACUACAGCAUCAACAGCUGCACUCCUAGACCUGACACUUUACCUGGAAAAUCAGUGCGUCCCAAAAACAUCACCUGUACCUCUAAAAGGAAAGCAGCUCAGAACUUAGGUCACCCAAGUCGCAAAGGAAAAGCAAAUCAAGCAACAGUCACUUUGACCAACUACUUUAAAAUGAAGGCCAAAGCAGAUCGCUUACACUUUGGGGAUUUAUUGCCAUCUGAUGAACCAGACGGCAGGAAAUCCGUAAACCCAUCACCAGGCUCUGAUCAAACGGUGCCACAGAACAAAAAGACUGCCACGUCGCUCAUUCUGUUUGAAGAGGUUGAUGUCAUAUUUCAUGAUGAUGUGGGUUUCUUUUCGGCCAUCAAAACGUUCAUGACGACCACUAAAAGACCGGUCGUUCUGACCACCAAUGAUCCCUUAUUCAGGGAGAGAUUUAACUGCAGCUUGGAGGAAAUCAUUUUCAAAACCCCAUCAGUGGUGAAUGUCUGCAGCUACCUGCAGUUGGUGGCUUUGGCUGAGAGCGUGCAGCUGGAGCUGGACGCUGUCAAGAGACUGGUCAGUCUGUGCAGAGGAGACGUCAGGCGCUGUCUGCUGCAGCUGCAGCUCUGGCUGCAGAGUGGAGGAGGACAGACAUCUUGUGAGGAGCUUACUCAUGUACAGCAUUUGAGUGGUCGUAAAAGAGGACAAGAUGUAGACCUCCAGCUUCCUAAAUCUGACCCAUGCUGCGCUGCUAGCAUGCUGGGUCUCCACACUGUGACCCAAAACCAACUGGUAAACCUUUUACAGUCUAAUGUUUGGUCUGAAAAUGACACGGACCAGCUCCUGAGGCUCCUGGCAGAGAGCUGGAGAGGGGGUGUUCCUCUUCUGUAUUCAAACCUGGAGCUUCUUCUACCCGCCGGGGCCCCGGGGUCUUGUGCUGCGCUGCAGAACGAGCCGGACCCUCCUGACAUCGAUCUCCACAUCAAGCAGCUCGAUGGAUAUGUCAGUGUUAAGGCAUCAGCCACCAACAGCAAAUCUGUUAAGAACAUCUCCAGGCUUAGCAGAAAAAAAUGUAUCACAGCAAUGAUUGACGACACAUCAUCUUCCAGUUUGACACAAAGAACUCCAUUAUCAUCAAAAAGGGCUCCUUCAGCAGCUGCUACUAAAAGAGACAAGACUGAAAAAAAAGCAGCCAGAGUUGAAACCGACUGCCUGGACGCUUUGACAGACUUCUUUGACCUCAUGUCGUACCUUGACUCAACAAUGCCAGCUGCAGCAGCGCCGCUCGUUUCAGGCCGACCUGAGACCUUUGUCUGGACGGGGGCUGAGAUAAAAGAUGGGAUGACGGAUGAGAUGAGUGCAGACUAUGAUGUGUGCUGGACUUUGAGCCAGGAGGGGCUGCUGGACGUUCAGGCUGCUGCUGAGGGCUUGGGGUUUCACAGGUGCUGCUGUCGAGUGUCUGAGGCAUGGACUGAAGCCCAAAAAUAUAAACAGGAAGUGGGAGACGCAAGUUGGCGGAGGCUGUUGGAGAGAAUGACAUUACCUGCCUCUUCCAAACACCAGAGCCUCAGCUUUAGUUUUCAACCUCCGUGUGCAGCAAGUGUGUGCAGGCGGAGGUACGAGCUGAGCAGGAAAGUGCUUGGCAGUAAAUCCUUCGGCCUGCUGGGGAACAGACGAGCCGUCAGUGUGGACUACAUGCCCGUCCUCCGAUACAUCUGUCGGUCUCAGAGAGAACAGAAAGAGGAGCCAGUCGGGUGUCUGAACUACCUCAGCAGCACUCACCUGGGCCUCUCAAAGUCAACCAUCCAACUCCUGGCAGAAGAUUUCCCAUAGAGAACCUCACACACUACCUCACAUUACUCCAGUCAGUGUUUUAUUUGACUUCUGUGCAUUUAUUUAACUUAUAACAAUCUCCACCUAAUUACUUUCAAAUGAAUUUGAUGCAGCUGAUGAGAAAUCAUGUUUUAUUUCUGUGAAAAGUAAAUAAAAUCAAUUCUAUUUUU